AUGUGGUGCUAUAUGUUUGUGUUGUGUGCGUGCGCAAAGAUAGUCGUAUCAGAUCAAACAUGGCGCAUUGUAAAUAUAGACCAAGGGCCUGUCAAGGGUUAUAAGACAUAUCGUGGCCAUUUUGUUUUUUUCGGAAUACCGUAUGCUACCACACCUACCGGUCCUAAUAAAUUUAAGCCACCGCUUCCACCGCCGACCUGGAAUGUUACCUUCGAAGCAAUACCGAAGUACAUCAUAUGUCCACAAAAAACAAGCUUGCAUGUUAGUCGAGAAAAUCUUAUUCGUGACACUGAACAUUUCACUUUGAAUCCACAAGAGGAUUGCCUUAUUGCCAAUGUAUAUGUACCUGACACUGAAAAUAGGAAUUUGCCAGUAGUCGUUUAUUUCCAUGGCGGAGCAUACCAAUUAGGUUACAGUAAUAUUAAGACAGCCUUCAAUGUAUUAAACAGUAAGAAAGUAAUUAUAGUUGACUUUAACUAUCGCCUAGGCGCUCACGGAUUCCUUUGUCUCGGAACGGAAGAUAUACCUGGUAAUGCCGGUAUGAAAGACCAAGUAGCAUUGUUACGAUGGGUACAAAGAAAUAUUGCAAGUUUUGGUGGAAAUCCAAAUGACGUUACGAUUGCUGGAUGGAGUGCAGGUUCAUCUUCUGUUGACCUUUUCAUAAUUUCUAAGCUUGCGAAAGGAUUAUUCCAUAAAGUAAUUCCAGAGAGUGGUCCUAACGUUGCCUUUUAUACCGUGCAGGUUGACCCAAUUGCGAAUGCCAAGAUGAUUGCAAAAAAGUUGAACUUCGAAGAUGUUGAUAAUAUAGAUUCUUUAGAAGCUUUCUUUAAGAAUAUAGAAUUUGAAAAGUUACUCAUAACGUUUGUGAAUGAAACCAAUUCCGGUGUAGUAUUUGCACCAUGUAUCGAACGUUAUAUAGGCCAAGAAAUGUUCCUAGACGAUAAUCCAGUAAAUAUAUUAAAGAGUGGUAACUAUUCUAAAGUUCCUAUGCUUUAUGGUGUCGCUGAAAUGGAAGGUAUGUUUCGUUUACCUAAUUUUGAGGAGUGGAAGACUAUGAUGAAUAACAAUUUUACUGAUUUUCUUCCGGGUAAUUUAAUUUUCCGAAAUGAAGAGGAGAGAGAUAACAUAGCGAACAAGAUUAAGCAUUUCUACUUUGGAGAUGAACCAGUGAGCGAAAAAAAUAUCUUGAAAUACGUUCAAUAUUUUAGUGAUGUUUUGUUUACUUAUGGAACAGCUAAAGCUGUUAAAUUACAAGUAGAAGCUGGUAAUAAUCAAAUUUACUUGUACGAAUUUGGAUAUGCGGAUGAGAAUAAUGAUUAUAUUGUGCACACAAAAACACGCGGUGCGACACACUGUGCGCAGACAAACGCGGUGUUGGAUUUGGGGAACGAAGAGAACCUUUCAGAUGCGUACAAAAAAUUGAAGAUGCUUAUGAGAAAUUUAUGGCUUAAUUUCAUUACAACUGGGAAACCGGUUCCAGAAGGAUCUUCACUUACACCAUGGCCUCCCGUCGGUAAAAAUAGAACUCCCUACAUGUUCAUAGAUAGAGAAUUAACAUUGAAAAAGGGUUUCUUCCAAGAUCGUGCUCUCUUCUGGGAUGAAAUUUAUGAUAAAUACUACAGGGAACCUAUUCCACCGUACCGUUACUAGUGCUUUAAAAAAACGAAACUUUAAGAGAAAUAAAAUGUAAAGUGCUUACGUCUCAUUUGAUAUAUUGACAUAUUAUAAAUUAUUUUACAAAGUGGAAUCCAAAUAAAUACUCAGUAUUUUAAUCAUACUUCACACAGAUU